CCACCAGUCGGAGAUCUGUUCCGAUGCCACUUUCACCGGCACACAGGUUUAAGUGAACUACCAGCAAUACUGCCAAUGGGAUUGUCCGCAAGAAAUAUUCCACUUCAACACUGAAAACUGCGAAAAAUCACAGCCCACUGCACGAACACUAGUGACUGGCGGGAAAAGAGACCCUCUGUGAAUCCCAGCAUGCUUCAUAUGCAACAUGACAUCAGGACGUGCGUGAGUCUUCUGACCGCUUGCCUGAUUUUAACCUGUCAAGCAAUUCGGAAUUGUGGAAACGUCCAGUGCGGGGAGGACCAGCGAUGCUGCUCACACGAUAAUGUGACCGUCGACUGCUGCAAGCUGCCUCUGCACACCUUCUUAGACAACGUUGGCUGGAUUACGCGGAAACUGUCUGGCAUCCUUAUCCUUUUGAUGCUUUUCGCCAUGGGUUAUUUCAUCCAGCGAAUUAUCUGUCCGAGGCCGCGGAGGCAACAGGACCGAGGAGCGGAUGAUCCCUCUCUCUUGAACACGCACACCACGGCGUCUCAGGACUCGCUCCUCGACCGCUUCCCAGACCAGUGCAUCACCGAUUUCACCUCGCCGGUCCUUCAGCUACCAACGUACGAUGAGGUGAAAUACUUGCCAACGUACGAGGAGACUAUGCAGGAGGUGGACAGAGACCGUUCUGAUGAAAAUCUGCUAGCAUCUUCCAGACUACAAGUAGGAAUUCCCAACAAUGGUGUGGGAGAGGCGCGAAGGGGAGCCGUGGGUGCCACAAGGACCACCCGCAACUCAGUUUAGCUAAAUGAAGAGAACACUCUGCUUGUGGCCCAUUAUUUUAAAGUUGUUGAAUUCUGCGGAUACACCAUUUGAACAUAUAAGUGCAAUUAUGACAAGCAGAGAAGAAUGUCAGGACAUUGAGUUUUAAAACAAUUGUAUGUCUAUAUCCAAAAUGUUCCAUUUAACAGGCAAAAUAAUUGUCUGGUAGUUCAUCGCGUUAUGUUUUGACAGCUAACCUGGCGCUAACAUCUCAUAAUCUCUG